GAUAAUCUCUCUUCUCUAAUCUCCAUUCUCUGUUCUCUCCCACUUCUCUCUCUCAGAGCUUUUGACUGCAACUACACAAAUGGCGUCUCUUCUCUCCCCCUGGACUUCUACCUCUCUUAAUCACUGCUGCAGGACAAAUGAAGCAUGCCGAAGCACUCAAACCAUAUUGUCUUUCUAUAGCUUUCGCUUUAGACAAAGGAGCAAUGUUAAGCUUUGCUUUCAGCUUAGUAGAGCCUUUUCGGGCUCUGGUGUUUUGAAUCCAGCUGCUCCAGAAAGGUCUAGAAAUAUGGGGAAUUGCUUAAAAAGUGAUAUGAGCUAUAUUAACGAUCUUGAAGAGCAGCUGCAUGAACUGUUUAAUGAAGUAAGUACCAUGAUAAAGACAGGAAAGAGAGAAGAUGCUGUUGAUCUACUUCAGGCAAAUUAUGAAGCUGCUAAAGAACAGAUUGAUUCUGGUUUCACUGGAAUAGAAGAGGCUGCUGUUCUCGAUGUAAUAGCCUUGGGCCACAUGGCCCUUGGAGACCUGAACAAAGUUGGAUCCGUGCUCGAUCUGUUGAGCAAGAUUGUUGAAGGCUUGAAAAACGAUGAACCUCUUCUGGACUCAAUACUGAUGCAUAUGGGAAGUGUGUAUGAGAAAAUGGAAGAGUUUGAAAUGUCCUUCUCGUCAUAUAACAGAGCACUUGCUAUUAUGGAGAGAGAAUAUGGGGAUGCCAGUUCUUAUCUUAUCAUUCCAUUGUUAGGGAUGGCAAAAGCUCUAGUUUGUUUAGGUAGAGCCACAAAAGCUAUAGAAACAUAUCAUCGUGCAAUUUCAAUAUUGGAAUCUGGCAAGGGUGAAGAAAAUGAGGAAUUGGUGGUUCCGUUAUUUGCCUUAGGCAACCUUUUACUGAAGGAAAGAAGAACAGCAGAUGCUGAAACUGCUUUUGGAAGAAUUAUAAAUAUCUAUAUGAAGUUAUACGGGGAAAAUGAUGUAAAAGUUGGAUUGGCAUUGUGUUCUCUUGCAGAUGCGAAAUGUAGUAAAGGAAACAUCGAUGAAGCCAUCGUUCUAUAUAGAAAGGCUCUUCAGAUUCUCAAAGAUUCUGAAUGUGCAGCAGACAACAAAGUUAUGGAGAAGAUGAGAGUAGACUUGGCGGAGUUACUUCAUUUAGUAGGAAGGGAGGGUGAAGGCCGGGCCCUUUUGGAGGAGUGCUUGUUGAUCACCGAAAAAUUCAACGGGAAAGAGCAUCCCAGCUCUGUUACUCAUCUAGUAAAUCUUGCUACUUCUUAUUCUCGGUCCAAAAAUUAUGCUGAAGCUGAGAAGUUGCUACGUAUUAGUUUGCGAAUUAUGCUGAAGACACUGCCACCUGAUGAUCAAUCCAUUAGCUUCCCGAUGCUGCAUCUUGCAGUUGCUCUUUACAGUUUAAACCGGACAGAUGAAGCUGAGAAGUAUGCAUUGGAGGUUUUACGUAUUCGUGAAAAGGCAUUUGGAAAAGAUUCUCUCCCUGUUGGGGAGGCUCUUGACUGUCUAGUUUCAAUUCAGAGCAAACUAGGAAAAGAUGACGACGAGUUACUGGACCAUCUGAAUAGAGUUUUGAAAAUUCAAGAGAAAGCUUUUGGUGGCGACAGUGAGGAAGUUAUGGAAACACUCAAAAAGAUUGUACAUUACAUGACCAGGAUUGGGUUGAGACACGAAAAACUCCCUCUGCAAAGAAGAUUGUCCCGUCUCAGAGAUAAAUACAAACAAGCUGUUAAAUUUUAAAGGUCACUCCCCUUUGCCACCGUUUUUAGACACGUAGCCAUGGCAAUGCAAUAAACAAGGCCAAAACACCGUAUUGCCAGAGCAAUUCAACGCCCUCUGGUGAGCGCCAUCAGAAAUGGAGCUAGUGAUCACGUUGCUACUUUCAUGGUUGGGGCAAGUGGUACCGCUACCAAAGCUUACCACAACUUCGAUCGUAUCUCUGUCAGAUUGCAGCUCGGGAGCUUCAACCGUCCAAACACGACAAAUAUUAAGGCCCCCAGCAGCAGUAUAAAUCGAGAGAACCAUAUUGGUGAGACUUGAGAGUAGUCGUGUGGCAAGAUUUGCAGAAUGGGAACAAAUGGUUUUGCUUCUUCUUGAUACCUUGUUGUGACAGUUAAAUUAGAUCCUUUAGAAAAGUGUUUGGUAAAUUAGUUGUUAGUUGAUAGCU